CUUUAAWAAUGGRCCAKUGGUUGCUGUGGUUUGGCUACUUAGUAGCUUCUACUUAUGGACUUUCAUUGCGUCAUGCCAGACAUCAAAGCGUUGGGACACCAACGGCCGAAGAAAUACUGGAACCGCAGAUUCUAAUUGAAGAUACCGAUCAUGUAUUCAGACAACGAGCAUCAGAUAUGUUUGCCCAAGAGCCAGAAUACACGGAGAAACGAAACCUCAAUCAUAGACGGAGGUCCGAAUUCAGUGGGAACCAGGAUAAUGAUUUCCAAUCUUCCGGGGAGACAUACAGUGCGUAUAAAUCGGAUGACCCGUUGGUAAUUCACACAAACAAGGGUAAGAUCAGAGGCAUAACACAGGCAGCAUCGACUGGAAAGUUAGUUGAUGCAUGGCUAGGAAUACCUUACGCAAAAAAACCAAUAGGUGAUCUUAGGUUUAGGCAUCCUCGCCCAAUUGACCGUUGGGACAAUACAAACCCAGAGACGAUUCUUAACUGCACUACACCGCCAAACACGUGUGUUCAAAUAUUCGAUACGCUUUUUGGUGAUUUUCCUGGUGCUACAAUGUGGAAUCCUAAUUCCCCGGUAUCGGAAGAUUGCCUUUACAUUAACGUAGUAGUGCCAAAACCUAGACCACAAAACGCAGCAGUGAUGGUAUGGAUUUUCGGCGGAGGAUUUUACUCUGGGUCUGCUACUUUAGAUAUUUACGACCCUAAAAUACUCGUAUCGGAAGAAAACGUAAUUUUGGUAUCCAUGCAGUACAGGGUAGCAUCAUUAGGCUUUUUAUACUUUGACACUGAAGACGUUCCAGGAAACGCUGGACUUUUUGAUCAGCUAAUGGCUUUGCAGUGGGUACACGAGAACAUUAAAUUAUUUGGCGGCAACCCAAACAACGUGACACUUUUCGGUGAGUCAGCCGGCGCUGUUUCGGUUUCACUGCACUUACUGUCUCCACUGAGUAGAAACCUUUUUAAUCAAGCCAUCAUGGAGUCAGGAUCAUCAACAGCACCUUGGGCGAUUUUAUCACGGGAAGAGAGUUUUAGUAGAGGACUUAAGCUAGCAAGGGCAAUGGGAUGUCCAGAUGACAGAAAUGCCAUUCAUAAAACGGUCGAGUGCUUAAGAAAGGUGAACAGUWCAGCGAUGGUUGAAAAAGAAUGGGACCACGUGGCUAUAUGUUUUUUCCCAUUUGUYCCUGUGGUGGAUGGCGCUUUUCUUGACGAUUAUCCUCAAAAGUCCCUAUCAACAAACAAUUUUAAAAAAACGAAUAUACUCAUGGGUAGUAAUUCCGAAGAGGGUUACUAUUCAAUAUUUUAUUAUUUGACAGAGCUUUUCAAAAAGGAGGAAAACGUAGUGGUGUCUCGUGAAAAUUUUAUUAAAGCUAUUGGACAACUUAAUCCGAAUGCAGAUGCGGCGGUUAAAUCAGCUAUAGAGUUUGAAUAUACGGAUUGGUUUAGCCCUAAUGACCCAGAAAAAAAUCGAAAUGCUCUGGACAAAAUGGUCGGAGACUAUCAGUUUACUUGCAACGUUAAUGAAUUCGCUCAUAAAUAUGCACUUACUGGAAACAAUGUGUACAUGUAUUAUUUUAAACAUCGUUCUUUAAACAAUCCAUGGCCAAAAUGGACGGGUGUGAUGCAUGGUGAUGAAAUAAGUUAUGUAUUUGGAGAUCCUUUAAAUCCAAAUAAACGUUACGAAGUUGAAGAAAUCGAACUUAGCAAGAAAAUGAUGAGAUACUGGACCAAUUUUGCAAAAACAGGAAAUCCAAGCAAAACACUUGAAGGGUCUUGGGUCACGCCCAAGUGGCCCGUACACACGGCGUAUGGAAAAGAGUUUCUAACAUUAGAUACAAAUAACACUUCUAUCGGCGUUGGGCCAAGACUAGAACAAUGUGCUUUUUGGAAAAACUACGUUCCUGAUCUUAUGGCCAUUUCAAAGAGUAUGAAGUCUGACAAAAACUGUACAACCAUAAGUGGAGGGACCAAAACUAACAUGAUCGAGUUAUCGGUUUGGACGAUUGUGAUGACAACUGCCGUUUUGAUGUUAUGAAUUUCAUUUGAUUCAUCUUAAUAAAUAAAAAAAAAAACAAAAAACAUGAAAACAAGUUWAAAAAAAACACAUAUUUGUAUUAAUUUCAAGCUGUUGGCAAUAAAAGAAACUUCGAGGACAAUUGAGUCUAAGCUACCGUUGGGCUUCCAGCAGAAUCGCGCGCACAAAAUAAAUUUCGUUU